AUGCCCGAGGGAAACGACAUGAGCCGUGAAUUGAAGGGAAACCUGGACCUCACUCUUCAUACCCUUUCAAUGUUGCUGCAAUGCGCUGGAAAGACAUACAUUGUCAUUGACGGUUUGGACGAAAUCAAGGGGUCCACGCAACAGAUUUUUCUGGAUCGACUAAUUAGAUUAGUCGAAGAGUGCGAGGAUACCAAGCUUCUCCUGGUGAGUAGAAAAGGACAUGUCCUUAACAGAGCUCUUCAAGACGUCUCUACCAUUAUAAAUGUGGAACAGAAUAAUACCGGAUGCAUACGUUCUUACGUGAAGCAUUGGUCUAAAGAAUGGUUCGAUCGCGCUGGAUUCGACGAUGAAGCCUGCAUUGGGAUCCGAAAGAUGUUAUUCCCAAUACCGAUGAAAGCUAAGGGUAAGCUAUACGGAACUUUUAUGACGGAUGCCAAGAAUCUUUCAGGUAUGUUCCUCUAUGCUAGGCUCGUUUUAGAGAACAUCGAAGCAUUGCGAGAUAUCGAGACAAUCCAAGAAGAACUCCGUGUUCUUCCCGAGACACUCGACGAGAUUUAUGGGCGUGUUAUCCAACGGAUAUUCAACCCAUUGAUUUCUUCUUCGGGGCUUGCGAAAAGGAUACUAUCAUGGGUUGCUUGCUCUUCUGUUCCCCUAACACGCCAAGAGAUGGAGCAAGCAUUACUCAUAAAACCUCAUUCUAGAACAGUUCCAAAUGUAGCAGCGCCGCUAAAUUAUCUACAGCUCUGCGGGCCCCUAAUUGACACGCACCAUGGGGAUAAGUUACAGCUCGUCCAUUUCACAGUGAAAGAGUAUAUUAUGAACCGGAACAGACCAUUUAUUAAUGAAGAGGGGGCCAUUUUAGAUAUCGCUAAGACGUAUAUCAAUUAUCUAUGCUGUGAUAACUUUGAUCCAUUCGCCGACGACGACGAAGUUCAGGAAUACCUCCGAGUUGGUGUUUAUCGCCUAUUUCGUUUGGCAGAGUCUCAAUGGGCGGAAAGCAUGAAACAGUUGGCAAGAUGCAGCAGGAGAGAGAUACCCCAGGAGCUACUCGAACUCCUUCAACAAUUCCUUGUCAUCCGCAGCAAUGUGAGGUAUGCCGAAAGCACAGAAAGCAAGCCAAAUAUUUGGGGUCUUGACUCGCUCAAAGAGACGCCCGAGAUUCAGAAAUUACUGUCACAAUUUCUCGCCCAUCAAUUAUGGCAAAAGGGGGCAGAUAACUGUCGAUUAGACGAGGAGGCAGACAAUGCAUGGGUUGACCAAGAUCCAACCACUCUUUCGAUUACAGCCUUGCAAAUCCACCAGAAUCUCGAGGGCCUAAUCUGCCCGGACGGUGGGCACAAACAAGACUGCCAUUGCUCAUCAUUGAAGAAGCACUAUGGUCCCCGUCUUUUCAAGUGCAGCUAUGUAGCAUGCCGAUUUCGUUCCAUAGGGUUCGAACAACGGUCAACGCGCGAUCGGCACAUCAAACAUCACAGCCGCCCUUUUAAAUGUCCGGUUCAAACAUGCGAAUACUUUUUCAUUGGGUUUCUUUCGCAGGCACAAUGUGACCAGCACUAUAACCAUUUACAUAAGGCAUCAGCAACCAUUAACGACACAGAUUCUCUUUACGAAGAUUUUAGGGAGGACGAACUUGAACGAGUUUCGCUUGAUUUCGUCGAUUGCGACGAUAUUGAAGAGAUGAAACGACUUAUGCAUGUAAUUGAAUACUCCCCUCGCAAGGACACCAUUCUACGACAUACGGGGGAGUUGGUUGCCCAUUCAGGGUCCCUAGAAAUGGCUAAAAUCGUGUUUAUGAAGGCUAGGAAAUACGAAUUGCACCCAUAUUUGGAGAAGUCCAUCGAGGGAGGGAACCUCCCCGUUUUCGCAUGGCUCUGCGAGCCAAUAGACGAACACUAUUCUACAAAGAUCACGAUGGACGCCAUUGCUUCGGGCUCUUUAGAAAUAUUUGAUAUAUGGAAGGAUUUCCUCAUAAGGACCAAUCAAACCUAUAGGGCUUUAGAGAAUGAAUCUAUACCAAGGAAGCUGGCUCCCGAUGUCGAAGUCAGGCUUGCAGAGUUUUGGAAGGAGCAACACGUAUUAGGUAAAUUGCGUAAUUCCAAUGGAAGACUAUCAGGUUACAAAGGACGACUAAACGAAAGAUUGGUGGAAGCCGGGAAAUACGCAUGCUCACCACAACUUGCAGAAACACUGCUUCAACUCGGAGCAAACCCCAAUUAUAAAAAAGAAGAUAGGGGACAGAAAACAAAGCAAACUCCUCUAAUUUAUGCUUCAUUAAAAAUGACUAAAGCAGCCGUCGAUACGAUAAAGGUUCUCUUGUUAGGAGGGGCAGACCCGCAUCACGAGAGAAAAAUUACAUUUGGUUCACGUAAAGGUACAGUGCAGAGAGCUGCAGACGGCGCUGGGGCCAAAGGCAUUUCAAAGUGGUUGAGCAUGGCGUGGGAUGAAUUAGUUCAGUGGGCGAAGGAGGAAAGGGAGAAGGGAAGGGGAAUCUAUAAGAAUGAGGAUUUCAUAGAGGACGACUCAAAGACGGAGACUUAA